AUGGAAUACUAUGACCCAGACGAGGUCAUUCCCCGAAAUUCACCGCUGCUGGUACCUCGCAAACUUACUCUGGACGGGCCCACGCCAUCGGAGCCUUGGGAUUUCGACCCUAAAAUCAACCCUCACUAUGAGCCUUGGGAACUUGACAAUCUCUUGGAAAAUGAAUUCCUCAGCUAUCCUUCGGUCAUCGCUUGUCCGGACAGUGGAUCAGAUGACAACAUUAUGUCACGGAAGCUUGCUGAUCAAUUCGGCCUCCAAGUUAUGGAUAUUCAGCAUCCAGCACCUUCAACCUUCGUGCUGGCGAACGGCCGAACAGUCUCCGCCGUUGGUCAGGUUUAUCUCAAAUUUCCCAUGAUUAUGGGAAUUGAGUUCCUCCAGGCCACAGAAACUUUGACGAAACACGGUGACCGCCUUGUAGAGGAGCUCGUUCCCUCGAUACAAGCCCUUCGGGUGUGCAGCGUUGGCCGGUCGAAGAGGGACGUUGUCUGUCGAGUCGGCAACUAUGUUGGAUGCGCCACAGCCGACACAGGAUCAGAUCUGGACCUGGUGAGCCCAGAAUUUGCAGCUUCUCGAGUCUUCGAUGUGGAAGACUCAUGUGUGGAGCUUGAAUUUGCAGAUGGGAGCACAGGCUAUACCAUAGGCAUGAUCAAGACGGCAUUCUCCAUCGGCCGCGUCAGCGACGUCGAAGGCUUCAUUCCCAGAAGCAAAGAGAUGCUUCUUGAGUUAUACAUCCUGGACAAUCUGAAUGCGGACAUUCUUGUAGGCACAGACACCAUACAAGACUUGCAGGCGUUCAGCGGUCACGAGGAUUGUUUCAUACCGGCUAUGCCCCGCCUGGGUGAAUCCGACCUCAACAUUAUUCGCUAUAUAGGUGCUGUGGAAAGAGGGUUUUCCAGGGCUUGGGAAUUUCUGAAGGAUUCUUUUACUUCCUCUGAGAAGAAACAGGCUACCGCAACCAGUAUGUCAUCGUCGCGUACGAUAUUCCUUCACCUCAGCUGA